AUGGACCUACUCCCGCAAGAAAUCUGGAUGCACAUCUGUGAAUUGGCAUGCACCGACGGCGGAUAUACAGGGCGCUCCUUGGCAUUGGUGUCGCGCCAAAUGGCUGGGGUCUCAGAAGUCUCCAAACUAAGAUCUAUUGCCAUAAGUGAUGGAGUGAAGCUCACAAAGCUCGUCCGCUAUCUGGAAUCCCUGCCCAAAACCCGUCGUCGAGUGGAAUUCCUGUACAUCUGCACUCCAUCGAUCGAGGACACCUUGGGCGACUUGCAGGAUCUAUACAAGCCAGGAAUGUACCACCAAUCGUACGAACCUACUUCAGAACAAAUCCUGGAGGACGGUGAGCAACUGGCGAUACACGCCGUUACGCGUGUAUUGGGAUGUGUGUCAUCUUCGCUGAAGAUUCUACACGUUUGCCUGGGUUGGAUAUUCAGAGAGUUCAUCUUCUUCCCUGUUCAGAUGGACAGCCUCGAGGAGAUGAUUCUUGAGGGGCCAUUCAACGAAGCCUUCCGACCUCCCUUCGCGUUACCUUCAUUUCCACACCUGCGCCAUCUCAAGAUAACGUUUGUGGACGUGUCAACAUCAGAGCACCAUUUCAGCAAUCUCGUCUCUUCAAUCUCCCAAGUCGCCUCCAAUUUGACCCAUCUUUACCUCGAAACUAUGCGCUUCCCAUACGGUUCUCGCGCCAUCCUACAAAUACGCUCUUUGCUCCGCUCAGGACGACAGGACGCGAAUCGAGCGGGGUUCCCGCCGACCUUGCAGAAGGUUUUUUUCCAUGGCGGAACAACGGAGAGAAACUGUCUCUUGUCUGGGCUGCCGUACGAGCAAACCUAUUCGGCGAGGCGUGCUCUAGAGGAAUUGUGCUUGUCGGAACCCAAGUUGGUCUUUUUCGAUCCUAGGCCCUGUCCUCCACUUGGCCUGCCGGAACCGCUGUGUCCCGGUGGAGAAAGGAGUCGACUGGAGUGGUUGGAUCGUGUUAACGGGGGAUUGGGGACCCUAUUAUUGCCGACCUGGCUGGCUACAGCACCGCCUCCAUUGGAUUCAGUCCUCUGCGGCAGCCUUCGUCAGGCCCGUUCACUUCUCAACCUACCAUCAUCCUGCGAUACUCUCGGACAGGUCGUCAUGGAAUUGCCUCAAGAACUUUGGAUGCGGAUAAGCGAAUUGGCCUGCGUUGACGAUGGGUCAACUGGGCGCUCACUCUCCCUGGUCUCGCGUCGACUCCACGCUGCCUCGGAGGCCUACAGGGACAGGUCAGUGGCCAUUAGAGGCACCCUCCAACUGGCAAGAUUCGUUCGUUACCUUGAAGAAAGGCCGGAAGGCCAACCCGCCCACGUCAACUUCCUCUUCAUCUCGACCGACAGCGAGGACAAUGCGGACGCAGAUAUGCCACUCUUGCAGGAAUUUUACAAACCCAAUGUAUGCGAUAGAAAGCCUGGUCCUGAAGCGCAAGACAUCCUUGCGGAUUUCGGAGAGCUCGUUGUCCAUGCCAUCAUGCGAGUCCUCACUCUCGUGGCCUCUACCGUCAGGAUACUCCACAUCUGCAUGCCUCUAUAUCGAGACCUCAUAUUCUUCCCCGUCCCCAUGGAUCGCCUGGAGGAAAUGACCCUCGAAGGGCCUUUUGAGUCAGGUUUCGAAGAUUUCAUCCCUUCACUCCCCCGCAUCCCAACGUUGCGCAGGCUCAAACUCACACAUCCAGACGCCAUGUUCCCGUGGAACUCCUUUCGCCACAGCACACUCAUCCCGUCUAUCACGAAGCUCGCACCACAUCUUACGCAUUUGUAUCUCGAACAAGAUUCGAAUGCAGGCAGGACAAUUCGGGCGCUCAAAGAUUUACUUCAUCCACCCCCGCAGCAGCCCACAGGGAACAGCGAGAAUAAACAAUCGUCGAACGUGGAGCGUCCGACCUUCCCUCGAACACUGGAGAAGCUCUUUCUCCACCCUGGAAUGGCUCCCCCGCCGAUGAGAUGCGGGACAGGACUCUAUCGUAUGAUCUCCGAGAAAGCAGCACUUGAAAAGUUUUAUUUCUCGGAGCCCAAGAUUGUAUAUUUCGAACCGUAUCCCCUAGAUUCCAGAUCCCCGGAGGGGAAAGAAGAAGCUGAGAAGGAAUGGCUGGAUCGGAUUAAUGGAGGGGAGGGGGCAUGGGAUGAGAGUCUUCGGAUGAGGAAGCCUCGGUAUGGGUUUGUUGACGACCGUACUAGGAGGUGA